GGAUGCUGAGCUUGAGCUGGCCCCUGGCAGAGCCCUGAGAAAGGCCAAACCAACUGAGGAUGCUGGGGAAGAGGGGCAGGAGUUCAGCGUGGAAUGGGCGGCCGAAGCCACACCACCUCCAGCACCCACUCCGCGCUCGGGACGCACCGACCGAGCGACGGACCCUUUGGGGCCUGACACACAGCCAGACCCAUCCGGAGACCCCACGCUCCCAAUGUGGCCCUCGGCGUCCCAGAUCGACUCCCCUCCAAGGCCAGAUCCCAAAUCUGCUCCCUCCCCCCGACAAGUCUCCUGUCCGCCCCUCUCACCGCCUCCGGGGCUGAGCGCUCAGGGAGCGGGCACUCCCGGGUCCCGGGUUCCUGACCAGAGUCCGGAGCCUCCUCUUCGGCUCCCGCCGCCGCCGCUGCUUCUGCUGCCGCCGCCGCCUCUUCCGCCCGCGGAGCCCGAGCUCGAGCCCAGCGCAGCCUCACCCCACCCGGUUGGCCCGUGA